AUGGUGGCGGCGUGGUAUAGAGAAGGUGAAAUGGCGUUGAGCGUUUUGAGUGCUUGUGCUGAUUUAAGGAACUUGAAGAUUUGUAUGCUGUCAUUGUUUUGCAUUGGACUGGAAGCUUGUAGGCUGUUUAAUUCGGUGGGAGAGAAGGAUUCUAUUGCUUGGACUGCCUUAUUAACUGGUUAUGUCAAAUUGAAGCAAUACAGAGCUGUUUUUGAACUUUUAAGCAAGUUUAUUGUCAAGGAAGCUGUAGUUCACGAUGCUUUGAUCCUUGUCAGUGUGCUUGGUCAUGUGCAUUCCAAAAUUGGGUUUGAAAUGGACAUGAAGAUGAUUAAAGUUGGACAUAACAUUGCGACCCAUGGGAGAAUUUUGCCAAUAAGCUCCUCCAGGAAGUUCAACUCUCAAUGUGUUCAAUUUAGUCAGUCCCAUCCUAGGAAGGCUGAAGCGGUCCUGAUUCUAGUUACAAAACUGAAUCAGUGCAUUGAAAACUUUGACCCAAAAAGGCAUGCUUUGGAGUAUGCAAUAGGGGCAGAAAUUGAAGCACUGAAUAAGGAUCAAGUAGAAGCUAGGGAAAUAUUGCUUCUUGUUCAAUUUGGUGAUGCUAGGAGCAAUCUUCAAGUAGGCCCAAGGAUUUCAGGUGUAAAGCGUCAACUGAAAUAUUCAGUCUUAAUUGGCCAUUUAAAGAGAGCAGAUUCUAUCCCUUGUAUAGCUUUGAUAUUAUACUCAUUCCUUAAUUAA